CUCGUGUUCUCUCGAGUCACAUGACCGUCGUGAUUUACAAUUCCAGCACGCAAAACUCGCGACAACAACCGAGCCGGCAGUCGGAAAACAUCUUUAUUCGCUUCGUGGAAGUAAAGCGAGCGUUGAAUAUUCAACACUGAAGGAGGAGAAGAAGAAGGACAAUGAAGGAUCUCGAUCCAAAGAUAAUCGCGUGGCUGCAGGACCACUUGAUCCCCCGACUGGCCGGUGUCUUUGGCGAGGAGUGCGCCAACGUCGAUGAGUGUAAGGUCACCAGGCCCAAGGGCUCAUUUUUCCUCUCUGACCUGUUUUUCGCGACCAUUCGGUUACGCGGUGCUCCCGUGGAGCGGUGCCUACUGGUGAAACUGCCCGCCCAGGAUCCCAACGUCCGCAAGCGUCAGAACUACAACUACCUGUUUUCCAACGAGAUACUCUUCUACCAGAGACUCGCAGCUGGAAGCUCCGACUAUCCGCAGUGCUACUUCUGUUGGUAUUAUGACAAAGGUGUGUGUUUGACAAAAGGUGGCGAGGUACCGGUCUUCGAUAAGGUCAUAGUCCUGGAGAACGUGUGCUCGCGAGGCUACUCCGUCUGCCCGGAUAAGUUCGACCUCCAGCAGGACUACCUCGCAGCGGGCCUACGAUCGCUGGCCCGUUUCCACGGUCGGACGUACACCUUGAAGGAGCUGCGGCCAGCCAAGUUCCGCGAAAUCGUCGGUGGUAUCAUCAACAUCCGUUACGACCCAUUGGACGAGCGAAAGACCGCCGUUUACGCCAAGAAUGUGAACAAACGCGUGGCCCGGGUGUCGCGCGCCCUGACCCGAUCGACCAGACUCGUCUCCGAGGAGGACCGGGUGUUCACGGCCGAGGUGGCGAGGCUCUUGGAGAACUGCCACUCGAACGUGAUGAUGAGGAGCGUCGAGCCGCGCGAGCCUCUGGCUACCAUUGUCCACGGUGACUGCACUGUCAACAACAUGCUGUUCAGGUGGUCGGAGAGCCUGGCCCGUCGCGAGGCGAUGCUCGUCGACUUUGCGCUCGUCAUGUACUCGUCGCCCGCCACCGACGUCUCGACUUUUCUCUACAUGAGCGCCUCCAGGCUCGACCUCAAAACGCGGUUUCGAGAACUGUUUCAAAUCUAUCACGGCGAGCUCGCCCAGUACUUGAAGGACCAAAAGAUCUGGGACCCGGUAAAGUACUCGUACGAGGCGUUCGUCGAGGACUUCAAAAAGUCGGCUAUCCUGGGCUACGUGAUAUCAAUCUUUUUCCUGCCGAUAAUGACGGAGUACGCAAAAAACAACGAUCUACUGGACGACGUGGACGAGGCGAUCGAGAGGCUAAACAUCACGGGGGGCGGCGAGCCACUGACUGACCGACUGGUCGAUACGCUGAUCGACAUGCGCGAGGCUGGACUACUGGACUACUACGUAACGUGUAAUCCAACGGGCAGAUAAGCUCGCGGCGUAUUUGCGCUCGGCAAAUGUUACUGUCGUCGAUAUGACGGUGCACGCGGCACUUUGCUCUGUAUAUGCACGCGUCUGUGUUUGCGUUAGGUUUCUACGUCACUAUGGUAAAUACGUUUUUCACGCAUUCGUGUGGUUGUCACGACGAUUGGCUUUUGUGGCUUUGAAUCCAUUAACGUGAUUGAUUUUGGUGCGUUUGAGAUUUUCACGAGAUGGGGAGUUGUAUUUAUUCAUUUUCGUUGGUUAUACCCAUGGAUUGUUGAUUUUGGGUUGAGUUUCGUGUCUACUCUACUGCAGUCGUGAACAAUAUUGAUAUCUAUUAAUUAUACAAAUUUGAAAAUAUGAAAUUACUCAUUACGAUCUUUAAUACACGAAUAUCGUUGUUGUUGUGUCAACCUAAAUGAAAUAAAUACCAGAAAUAAUUUUUUGGGAUUUGUGAUGACGAAUAUGUUAUUAAAAUGUUCUUAAAUUCACCUCUCUGUAAAAAACUUUAUAAUUAAUAACAAUCCAUGCGUCAAGUUGUUAAAAAGACUUUCCGUUGGAGUGCUAACAAAUUUGAUUAUGUAAAAAUAUUCUUUGCCGUGUAACAGUUAUAAAAUACACAAUAUGAUGAA